CAUCACAUCCGGAGCAUUUAGCUUUGUACACAGGAAGUAAAUUCAAGUCAGCCAAGUAGGUUGUAAUUCACUGGUAUAUCAAGUGUUUUGGUUAGAAAACAGUUCAUAUUAUUUCAAAUUGUAGUAUAUUGUUUAUUCAAGAUGCUGAUCAAAGUAAAGACUCUCACCGGAAAAGAAAUAGAGAUCGACAUAGAGCCCACAGACAAGGUGGAGCGAAUUAAAGAAAGGGUGGAAGAGAAAGAAGGGAUCCCCCCGCAGCAACAGAGACUCAUCUACAGCGGAAAACAGAUGAAUGAUGAGAAGACAGCUGCAGACUACAAGAUCCAGGGAGGCUCAGUGCUCCAUCUUGUGUUGGCGCUAAGAGGCGGCUCAACGCUCCACAGGCCCUACACACAACUCUCCUCCUUGUCAUGAGUCGCUGUUGUCAUGGGGCCGGCUGAGUGCCAACGCUUUAGGUGUCCGUCAACGUCUAACCAAGUUUCAGCACAGAUCUGAAAUCCUACGCUCCCGGGCCGACGCAUACAAAAAAAAUCAACCAACAGCAACAAAAGAGAAAAAAAGGACGUUCUAAUUCCUUUGUAGAUGUUUUUUUUUGGAAACCCACAUUGGCUUUUUGAGUUUGCAGGCACCCCAUGCAGUACUAAAGACAGUUUGAAAACACUGUGGUCUUUUUGCUUGUGAAUAAAUGCUGAAGUUGA